AUGCCUGCAAUGAUCGGAGUAGAGACCAACGAGCUACGCAGACAGGAACCGUACGGCAGCUCGAGCGCAGGCUCCUUUAUUCAACAUGUCCGCAAGGUGGUUGAACAGAAGACAGCGUCGCCCUCGACAGUUUAUCCAUCGGGCACCGUUCGCGAUCAGGACAACAAUCCGCUCAUGGUUCCGAAUGUGCCAUGUGAUAAGGCAGGCGAGGAUAGUGACCUUCCUGGACGAAAGAGGGCUGACAGUUUGUUUGCCGUGUACUGGCAAUUUGUCCAUUCGCUGUACCCGUUCCUGGGUAGAAGGAUGACGACUGCCGACUACGAGAAUCUCUGGAAAGGCAAUGGCUUAAUACCUCAUGAACGAUCUUUCCUCUGUCUGCUUAACCUCAUCUUCGCCCUCGCGAGCCAACUUUCACCGUCCAUCAUGCCCUCCGAGCGGGCAGCAUCGGCAGCGGUGUUUCAUACCCGAGCCAAGCAUCUCCUGGAUCUAGAGAACACUGCGUCUGUUCGCUAUGUGCAGAUAUAUCUCUUGUUCGGACUCUACCUCCAAAGUACCCACGAGGCGCACCAAUGUUGGGUCUUUGUCGCCCUCGCAAUUCGAACAGCGCAAAGUCUGGAGCUACACAUGCCAGAGACUAACGAACGACCUUCAAACUCCCGUAUGAGGUCACUCUUGCGCAGAGUGUGGCAUGGCUGCGUGCUGAUGGACAGAGUGUUGGCCAUGGCGUACGGUCGCCCUUGUAUGAUCGAUCGCCGAGUCGCACUCUCCGUUCCGCUUUCUCUUGCCGUUGAAGGCGAAGAGAUGUCCCCAGAUCCCGCAAUGCUGGGAUCCACUAGUCCGGCGGAACAGCCGGCUUUAGGCGACUUCUUUAACCAGUCGAUGCUACUGUACGGCAUCCUGCACGACGUCCUGGUCAAUUUUUACUCGCCACAAGCUCCGCAUGUCCACUCGCUCGACGAUGUCUAUCAUCAUUACUUCGAAGGCUACCACCGUCCUCGGGGCGAACUUGACGUUCUCGAAAUUGACCGAAAAUUGUCCAGGUGGAAGAAGGAACUUCCUCGUUAUUUGGAAAUCAGCAACUAUCCGCUCAAUCAGCACCCUGUCACCGUCCUCUCCAGACAAGCCGUUAUAUUGCAUCAAAGAUUUCUCCACGUCCGUUUGCUUUCCCUGCGUCCCGUGCUUUCGGCCUUUAUCACCUUCGACAACUACGAGAAGCAAGCACACCCCUGCCUAGAGACGUUUCUGUCGCGUCGCGUGAUAUUUCAGUGCUGUUUGGUCUGUGUGAAGGUGGCCCAAGAGUCUAUCGACUUGAUAGAUAAGAGACGAACGGAAGAUCCAGGGGCAGCCACAAACCUGGCAGCGUGGUGGUACAAUGUCCUAUUCCUCUACACCUCAGCGACAGUGCUUGUGGCAGCGCGUAUCAGCCCCUUCAUAUUGGCAGAGAUAUCGGAAUCGACGAUUCUUGAUUCAUGGCGGAAGGUGAUGGAAGGAUUGGAUCAUUUCAGCGUCUUUGGCAGUUCCAUCAAACGACUUGUUACGACCCUGAAGCUCCUCUUUGAGACGGUGCCCCAUCAAUUCUCCCGGCUUCGGCAAUUUCCAGCAGAGAACAAUAUGCAGCAACAAUUUCGGGAUGCUCCGACUACUGUAAUUGAGGGACUCCAAGAACGACUAGUCGAUGGCCGCCACAUGGCCUCGUCACGGCCUAUCAGCCCAUCAUUUUUUGACAGAAACGUGCCUGAGUCGAACCUUCUCGAUUUCGACCCGGGGGACUCUUUAGGUCUUAUCGCUGCUUUCGACACGAAUGACAUGUCUUGGCUCACAACCGUGCCAUUCGAGAUGUGA